AUGGAUGAAGAGGACAGGGUAUCGGAUAUCAUUCCCAGCGAUUCCGAUGGUGCUGAAGAGAGUGACCCCGUUGUCAGUCGGCGCGUGCAGCAGGAUGGCCUGAACGAGAGCCGUGCCGAGAUGAACCAGCAAAAGACGGUCGACAGUCUGAAAAGGUUCAGCUACCUGCUCGGGCAGACGGAACUGUUCCUGCACUUUAUUGAUAUCAAGAAGGAAAGAGACCCGCAGUUUGCGAAACUGCUCGAAGAGUCGUCCAAGCGGCGCAGUGGCGGUGCGGCCGACCAGCGGCGGCGCAAAACCGAGCGGGAAGAGGACGAGGAGCUGCUGAAUGAGGAGGAGGAAGAUGCCGAAUAUGCAUUCCGCGAGUCACCCGCGUAUGUGCAAGGCACCUUACGCGACUACCAAAUCCAAGGCCUCAACUGGCUCAUUUCCCUCUACCACAAUGGGAUCAAUGGCAUUUUGGCCGACGAAAUGGGUCUCGGCAAGACGCUGCAGACGAUCGCAUUCCUCGGCUAUCUCAAGUAUUUCCGCGAUAUCAGCGGGCCCCAUCUGGUCAUUGUGCCCAAGUCGACACUGGACAAUUGGGUGCGUGAAUUCAACCGCUGGGUGCCCGGCUUCCGCAUUCUAGAGCUGCGAGGAACAAAAGAGGAGCGCCACGGGAUUAUCCAAAAGCGCCUGCUUCCACGCGACUUCGACGUACUUGUGACUACCUACGAGAUGUGCAUCCGCGAAAAGUCGUCUCUGCGCAAGCUGUCGUGGGAGUAUAUCGUCAUCGACGAAGCGCACCGCAUCAAGAAUGCCGAGUCGUCGCUGUCGCUUAUUGUGCGCUCCUUUACCUCCCGCAGCCGCUUGUUGAUCACCGGCACGCCGCUCCAAAACAAUCUCAUGGAGCUCUGGAGCUUGCUCAACUUUUUGCUCCCCGACGUGUUCUCGAGCGCAGACGAUUUCCAGACCUGGUUCCAGAGCAAAGGCGGGGAUGGCGAAGAGCAGGAGAAUGUGGUCGAGCAGCUGCACAAGGUCUUGCGGCCAUUCUUGCUGCGCCGUGUCAAGGCCGACGUGGAACGCAGCCUGCUGCCAAAGAAGGAGAUCAAUGUUUUCGUCGGCCUCACGGACAUGCAGCGCCAGUGGUACAAAUCCCUGCUUGAAAAAGACAUUGACGCGGUAAACGGCGUGAUUUCCAAGAAGGAGGGCAAGACGCGCCUGCUCAACAUUGUCAUGCAGCUGCGCAAGUGCUGCAACCACCCGUAUUUGUUCGACGGCGCCGAGCCAGGUCCUCCGUUCACCACCGACGAGCACCUCGUAGACAAUGCCAGCAAAAUGGUCAUUCUCGACAAGCUCUUGCGCAAGAUGAAGGAGCGCGGCUCGCGCGUCCUGAUUUUUUCGCAAAUGAGCCGCAUGCUCGAUAUCCUCGAAGACUACUGUCUCUUCCGUGACUACAAGUACUGCCGCAUCGACGGAAGCACAAACCACGAAGACAGAAUUUCCGCGAUUGACGAGUACAACAAGCCCGAGAGCGAAAAGUUUGUUUUUCUGCUCACCACGCGUGCCGGCGGCCUCGGAAUCAACUUGACCUCGGCGGAUACGGUUGUGCUCUUUGACAGCGACUGGAAUCCGCAAGCAGAUCUGCAGGCGAUGGAUCGUGCACAUCGCAUCGGGCAGACCAAGCAGGUGUACGUCUACCGAUUCGUAACGGAGAAUGCCAUUGAGGAGCGCGUGUUGGAGCGUGCUGCGCAGAAACUGCGCCUCGAUCAGCUCGUCAUCCAGCAAGGGCGCACGCAGGGCCAGCAAAAAGGCGGGCAGAAAGAGGAUCUAGUCGAGAUGAUCCAGCACGGGGCAGAGCGGAUCAUCAACUCGAAAGAGUCCAUGGAAGUGCACGACGAUAUUGACGAGAUUGUCGCGCGUGGCGAAGAGCGCACUGCAGAACUGCAGGCCAAGUUCCAGCAAUUUACCUCCUUGGACGAGCUGACCAACUUCAAGAACGAAACCGGCGCGUACGAAUUCGAGGGCGAGCGGUUUGGCAGCAAGCGCAAACCCGGCCCUGGCAUCUGGAUCGAGCCCAGCAAGCGCGAGCGCAAACAGAAUUAUUCAAUUGACAGUUACUAUCGCGAUGCGAUGCGCACGACAAGCAAGCCGGCGGUGCCAAAAGCGCCGCGCGCGCCAAAGCAAGUCACCACGCACGAGUGGCAGUUUUAUCCACCGCGUCUUGCCGAGCUGCAGGACCGGGAAACGGCCGCGUAUCAACGCAGCAUUGGCUACCGCGUGCCCAAGCCCGACACAAGCAGCGAAGCGGGAGAAGCAGAGCGGGCGCGGGAGCAAAAGAUUGUCGACGAGGCCGUGCCGCUCACAGAGGAAGAGCAGGCCGAAAAAGAAUCGCUCGUCCCCCAUGGGUUUGCCGACUGGAACAGGCGUGACUACCAGCAGUUUGUUAAAGGCUGCGAGCGCCACGGCAGGACGGCAUAUGCUGCGAUUGCGGAGGAGAUUGGGCUUGGCGAAAAGACCGAGGCGCAAGUGCGUGCCUACGCCAAGGUGUUUUGGGAGCAUGUUCACAAACUCUCCGAUGGCGAGCGCAUCGUGCAGCGUGUCGAGGAGGGUGAGCAGAAGCGGCAAAAGCUGCAGCACACCGAGCUGCUUUUGCGCCGCAAAGUGAACGCAUACUCGCAGCCUUUGCAGCAGAUCAAGCUUGUGUACAACCAAGCUAAAGGCAAAGCGUACUCGGAGGAAGAGGACAGGUUUCUCCUUGUGCGCCUCGCAGACUAUGGACUUGGUGCCGAGGAUGUCUACGAAAACAUCCGGACCGAUAUUUUGUACUACCCCGGCUUUCACUUCAACUGGUUUAUUAAGAGUCGCACGCCGCAGGAAAUUGCGCGGCGCUGCAACACGCUGCUGCUGCUUGUCGUGAAGGAAGAAGAGGAGCUGGAAGCGUCACGCGCAGCGGCCAAGUCUAAGAGCAAGGUACGUGCGCCCCUACUCACCCCAGAAACGUAG